GUCAUCACCACCGCUCAGGCAGAUUCACAGCCCACACCGGCGCAUACAAGCCAAGGCUCCCUUGUCUUCUCUGAGACGCUCGCCUGGUCGCUCCCUCUCCGCAUCGGUGGCAUUUGCAAAAGCGUACAGAGCUGGGGCUGGAGGCGCCUGUGCCAUGGAUGACCGCUCGACCCUCCAUCGCUGUUGAGUGUGAGACGCGGCGCGUCGCAGAUUGCUACGUCUAAAGGCGACCGACCACACCAUCGUCGGUCGCCACAGCGUCGAGCUUCGACUUCGCCCGCCAUGCCGGUCCCACUGCAGCCACCCAACAACAUACCGCUUGCUUCUUCGCUGCCCAAAGUUUCCUUUCGGCGCAUCCCGGCCUCGGAGGCGCUCCUUCUGGCCGCCCCCGCGGGCGUGCAUGAACAAAGAGACAUCAAUUUUGGCUUCAACGAUGGGGCCGAGUUUGACAAGCCCGAGCACUACAUUCGACAUGUCGAGCCCAUAGAGAGCGAGCUCAAGAAACAAGUCGAGUAUGACAUGGACGAGCAAGACCAAGAGUGGCUCGACGCCCUCAACACCGACCGCAAGCGAGACCAGCUCGAUAUCAUCUCCUACGAGGUGUUUGAGGUCAUCAUCGACCGCCUCGAGAAGGAAUGGUUUGAUUUGAUGAAGCUGAUGCCGCCAGAGCCCCAACCAACCACGCUGGAUGAGGAUGGAGAGCCUAUUGAAGAUGGCAAUGAAGAUACAGCAUGUGCCAUCUGCGACGAUGGCGAAUGCGAGAAUUCGAAUGCCAUUGUCUUUUGCGAUGGAUGUAACCUGGCCGUUCAUCAAGACUGCUACGGGAUACCGUACAUUCCGGAAGGCCAGUGGCUCUGUCGCAAAUGCACCGUCUCGCCAGAUCGUGCGGUCUCGUGCAUCCUUUGCCCGCAUGAAGGUGGCGCCUUCAAGCAGACAACCCAAGGCAAAUGGGCUCACCUCCUCUGUGCGAUGUGGAUCCCGGAAACGGGCGUCAGCAAUCCCGUCUAUAUGGAGCCUAUCGACAGUGUCGAAAGAAUACCUCGAGCCCGUUGGAAGCUGCAGUGCUACCUGUGCCGACACAAAGUGGGCGCUUGCAUCCAGUGUGACAACAGAAACUGUUUCACAGCCUUCCACGUCACUUGCGCUAGACGAGCCGGUCUCCUGCUCAGGACGCAGCGUCAGAGAAUGACCCACGAGGAGGAGAGUGACGAUGAUGACGAAGCCAACGAGAAUCUCCGAGCUUGGUGCCACCGCCACCUGCCAAAGAAUCUUCGCAAGGAUAUGACGCUGGACGAGGUUGAUGAAAUCGAUAGCAGGAGCGACUCGCCGGCCAAAACAUUACCCCCACCUAAGCAUCUCAUUAAAGCAGCCGCUCCAGGCACCAGCGCGCCCGGCAUGAAGAAGUCGGCAAGGGCGUACAAGAAGUCUUAUAGAGCCGGCCCGCCUCUCGUACCCGCCUACGUCCUCAACCGUGUCCUCGAGUACAUCAGCAAGGUGCAGAUCAGAAAAAAGCAGCAAUUUGCUCUCCAGAUUGCCAAGUUCUGGAGUCUGAAGAGGGAGGCCAGACGUGGCGCGCCUCUCCUCAAGCGGCUCCAUCUCGAGCCUUGGACUGCGAGCGCCAACACAAAGGAGCAAACGGAUGCCGAACGCAUAAAGAAACUUCAGUUCCUGCUUCGCCUUCGAGAGGACCUGGAAAAGGUGCGUAUGCUGGCCGAACUCGCUCGCAAGCGCGAAAAAGAAAAGCUACGCCAGGUCCGAACAAUCCGCUCGACGCUCGUCGAAGGUGUCCUCUUUCCCUACUACACGGCCCUUCGUCAGAUCCUCGAGCGUGUUUCUGCCUUGGACCGCGGCAAUUUGUUCCUCCAGCCCGUGUCGCAACAGAAGGUCCCCGACUAUUACGAGGUCAUCAAGGAACCAAUGGACUGGACCGCCAUCUCAGAUAAGCUCGAGCGAUAUGAGUACGAGUCAGUGAAGGACUUCCAACGCGACAUCUCGCUCGUCCUCGACAAUGCCAUGCUCUAUAACAAGGCAGACACGCCGUUCCAUCGAACUGCGCUGCGUAUUAAGAAGGUGUCGGAGCCCAUCUUCGAGGAGCUCAACUCGCUCCACGCCGUACAUCAAGAUGCAGCACAAGCGAUUGGCACUGAAGAGGCCUUGGAUAUGGUCGAAGGCAUUGCAGGUCUCGAGCUCGAGUCAGAAGAGGCAAUCUUGGAUCUGCUCAAGGAUUAUGGCGACAAGGAGCUGCUUGACACGAUCGGCGAAGACGACAAUCCUCUUGACGCGCCUGCCAACGUCAUCGAAGAUCUAACGAGGCAUUACUACCGCCCGGAACCACAAGAGCCACCACCGCCGUCAGCGACGCAACUCAAGAGGGAAAAGGAAAGGGCAAAGAAACAGGCAAAGGCGGAAGCCUAUCAAGCAAGACGGAUCGCACUCAAAGAAGCAAAAGCGGCUGCGAAAAUUGAAGGCGCUGUCAAUGGCGGCAAAGAAGAGAAUGACACUCCCUUGCCACUACACGACACGAUGCCAACGGGCACUCGGACUCGACGACAGAGAGGUCUUGGGAAUGAAGAGGGGCAGAGCAGAGAUCGCGAAGAAGCAUCGCAACCCAGGCUUGGUCGCACUCGUUCAAGAAUGGAGCCAGGGACGAGCAACAGAAGCUCGACAGAAGAGAACAAGGCCGAUGCACCUAGCUUACCACCAAGGAAGAGGCGGCGAAUGAAGAGGACGAAUGACUCCUCAACUCCCGAGGAAGAUCGGGCUAUACUGGAGAGAAGAAGUGCAACGAUGCCGGAGCCGACAAAUCUUGAAGUGGAACAGGUCGACGCUUGGGAUUCUUUCAAACGCUUCAACGUCGGAUGGGUCCUGCCGGAAGGGACAAGACGAUCUCGUCAUCCGAGGGAUUCCUUUCGGUCUGGCGGGGCUAGGGAAGGAUCGAUGGGUAGCGAGCUCGCCGCGGCUUCUUCCGCGGCAGGGCCCGAGCGGUCUUCACCACAGGUCUCGCGAGGAAGGAGCAGCGAGGUACCGUCUCAGCGAAAAAGACGCACGACAUCAAUCACAGACUUGUCGGAGCCCGACGAUGCUGUUUCUGCAGAGCCGUCUUUUUCUCGCCAAGCCCGUAAAAGGUCAACAUCCUCGACCAGCAGAUCUCAUCCAGGUCCUCCGUUGGGAAAGGCUAGCGCAGCGCCCAGAAAGGACGUGAGUCAGCAGAAGAGAGGAAACCAAGGACAAUUCAUUCGGAAAGACGACGACCCAAACAAAGAAAGGAGGAGGCCCUCAAAAGGAGCAGCGCUUCCCCCUCCAUCCUCUAGCAUUCUUCAUCAGAAGAGGAAGGCGCCAUCCGAGUCGACAGGUGCGAUGAGGCUGAAAGUGAAACCCAAGAAGAUGGCAACGAAAGAGAAGGAAGAAGGUCGCUUCGAAGUAGGAACGACGUGUUGGGCAAAGAUGCCAGGCUACCCAUACUAUCCUGCCGAGAUCUGGUCCCAAACGGCCAGCAGCGUGCCGAAGAAUGUCGAGGCGGACCGGCCAAAGGCGUCAUCAGAGAGUGUCGAGCUCGUGCGGUUCUUUGAUGCUCAGCGGAGCUUUGGCUGGAUUGGCACGUCGAAGCUCGAGCUGAUGUUUGAGGAUGCAAAGCUAGACGAGAAGAUGCUGGGUACAGACAACAUGGCUGGCCACGGUGAUCGGAGAAAGUCUAGCUCGACGGCGUCGAAGAGGAUCAGGGAGGAAGUGGCCAGCGCAUACGCAGCUGCAAAGGCCGAGCUGGAAGUCUGAGCGCAGCCACGAUGUUCGACGCAGAAGGAGCUCGUUGUCGAGGCGCUGGCAAAGAUAUCAUCCAAUUACAGCCCUCUCUCGCUCGCCUGUCCCCAGCCCCUAGCCUUCAGUCCUCGCCAUUGUUCUAAGGAUAUGUUGUCAAUUUCAAUAUGAGAUGUACAUGACGGACCGUUAGAGAGGCGAGACGACGAGAA